AUGAACCUAGUCUACCAGCAAGUCGUCGAUCAUUUCCUCACUACCCGAAGUUGGUUCUGGUGGGGUACCGAACGGAAGGAGUCGGUCUCGAAGCCUUACUUGCAUUCGUGUACCGCCAUGAGAAUCGGACCUGGAGGCAGGGCGCAGCCACUUCACCGUGACGACUAUAUCAGUCACAAUAUCCAUCCUGAUAUUGAUAAGUGGGAUGAUAAGCGUGAUACCAAUCGUGAGUCUGCUGUUGGGCUGUUUGUAGCUGGGUCAAAGGUCACGAAGGAGAAUGGCGGUACGCAAUUCAUCCAAGGGAGUCAUUUAUGGGGCUCAGAGCGAGGUCCCCCGCGUGUAGAAGACUGCAUUUAUGCCGAGAUGGACAAGGGCGAUGCGUUCAUCAUGCUUGCUUCAGCGUAUCAUGGUGGAGGUACCAACUCCACCAGAGACCAGCACCGCUUAGUCUUUGCUACCUUUUCUAUUCGUGGCUUCUUGAGACAAGAGGAGAACCAGUUCCUCGCUGUGCCUAGAGAAAUAGCGAUGAAGCUUGACCAGGACAUACAGGCAUUCAUGGGCUAUUCGAUGAGCGAUCCGGCGUGCGGUUAUGUAGAACAGAUAGAUCCGAUAUACUUGCUCAGGCCAGAGCUGGAGAAAGGUCCUUCGGACUUUUAG